UGAAAGUGAGUUUCAGAAAACUUGUUAGAGUUCAUACCACCGUACACAAUUCGUGACGAUAAAUGACAGAAACAAAACGAAAUGACACUUGAGUGUUUGUUCUCGGCUAAACAUAAGCGAGACAUCGCAUGCCUUCCCUCUUCUCGGACCGUCGGUGACGCGGGCGGCCGGCCCUGGUGACGCAGCGGCGUCAUGUCCAUCGCCGCGGAAACCGGAGAGGACGUCCUGAGCUGGCUGGGCGGCCUCCGCCUGCCUCAGUACGCGUCCUGCUUCCGGGAGGCGGGCUACCUCCAGUCCGACGACUGCGUGGGGAUGACUGACGAGAGACUCCAGGAGGUGGGCGUGUUCCCCACGGGCCACCGCCGGAGGAUCCUCCGCAGCUUGGAGUGGCUGGAGGCCACGGGAGAACGGAGGGUCAAACCCGUGCCCAAACCCAGGCACAUCUUCCCGAAGGACAGGAAGCGGGCCACCAUGGGCCAGCGCCAACCGGCGAGCACGGAGGCCGAGGAGGUCCUUCACCCGGGAGGUCAGGCACUGACGCUGCCUCCAGGGGCGGGGUUAGGCGGGGGGCCGGAGCUUGAGGUUGCGGUGGAGUCCAGAGAGACGGACCCCUCUGUGAAAGAGCUUCCAGUCCCCCGAGACGGCCCCGGAGGAACGCGCGGGUCCGCCUCCAGCAGUUCGGACUCACUGAGCGUCUCCUCUCCGUCCGAACAAGCCUCGGACCGGGAGACCUCCUCGGAAGAUCCUGUCUCUUCCGCCCCAGCGGGAUUCCAGGGGACUAUGGUGCUCAAUGACAUCUACGACGAUGGCUGGAACAACAACGACACACCCCUCCCCCGGCCCCAGCCCCGGCCCCGGCCCACCCGUUCCUACAAACUGAGACACCGGCCGGUGCCCGAGAUUCCCAGCCAGACUAUACUGCCCCCUGCAGACAGGAGCCCGCAACAGCACAACGACACACAACAGCCGAGUGCCACCACCCAGGGCCCCACCGGUUUAAACACUAGGCAAAAAGCUCCACUGGUAAGAACUCUUUCUCCCAUCUGUCCUUAUGGGGAAACAUUUCUGUAUAACAACCCAGAAAGCAUAUUGGAUUCUGGAACAAAAGAGAUGUUUAAGAAUAAAAUCUCAGAGAAGAUAAAGCACAAGAAACCACGGAAGAAGCACAAGUCAAAGGGUCCGGGGAACAGGGCCGCGCUGGAGAAAGAGGCCUCGGAUCCAGAGGCGGAGGAUCUCCCCGAGGACGUGUACGCCACCGUGGAGGAGUGCAACAGCUCUCUGAAGGGAAUGAUGGAGGAGCGGAAGAAUGCAGCCACUCCGCCGGUCCCGUGGCCCAGACCCCAGUCCUUCGGCGAUCCCUACUCCCUGGCGCAGGGCAUGGAGCCGGGCCUGGCCGACGAGCUCUCCAUCUCUCCUUACGCCUGCUUCUACGACUCCUCCAAGGCUGUUCUGAAGGAGGGCUGGCUGGAUAAGCUGUCCCCUCAGGGAAACUGCGUUUAUCAGAGGAGAUGGGUCAAAUUUGAUGGCGAAAAUAUAUCUUAUUACAAUAACGACAAGGAAAUGUACUCCAAAGGACUGGUUCCCAUCUCGGCGGUGACCAGGGUUCGAGGCCUGGGGGAUAACAAGUUUGAAGUUGUGACGUCCCUGAGGACCUUUGUUUUUCGGGUUGAGAACGAAGGAGACAAGUGCGACUGGAUCAAUGCUCUUCAAAUAGCGAUGAGAACCCAGUCCUCCUUCUCCCAGAAGCCCUCCAAAUGCAACGCAAACAUGUGGGGAUACGCGGAGCUGCGCGGGUGUAAAGGAAGAGUCUUCGUCUCCCUGAUGGGCUCUAAACUUAGACUUUGUAAAACAGAGCAGGAUUUCACAGCCGGGCUGGCGAUUACCGUCGUGGACUUGACGUCGGCUCACGUCAGGGACGUGGAACGGCGGGGCUUCGAGAUAACCACUCCUUUCAAGAACUUCUGCUUCACAGCGGAAUCGGAAAGGGAGAAGGGGGAGUGGAUUGAAGCAGUCCAGGAAUCGAUAGCCGAAACCCUCUCAGAUUAUGAAGUGGCUGAGAAGAUCUGGUUCAACGAGUCCAACAGGAGCUGCGCCGACUGCCUCUCCCCCCAGCCGGAGUGGGCCUCCAUCAAUCUCGGGGUCGUCUUCUGUAAGAAGUGCGCAGGUCAGCACCGGUUUUUGGGGUCCAGCAUUUCCCAGGUCAGGAGCCUGAAGUUGGACAGCAGCAUCUGGAGUAAUGAACUGGUAGAGCUCUUCCUGGAUGUCGGCAACAAAAAGGCCAACAGCUUCUGGGCUUCCAGACUUACGCCCGAGGAGACGCUGCACCAGGAAGCAGUGCUGGAGCAGAGGGCCAUCUUCAUCCGCAAGAAGUACAAGGAGAGGAUGUACGCGAAAACAUUGACUGGCUUCACCAGCCAAGAGCAGCUGAACAAGGCUCUGUGUGCGGCGGUGGUUCAGUCGGACGUUCUGGAGACCAUGUCCUUGGUGUUCAGCGGGGCGGAUGUGAUGUGCGCCACGGGGGACCCCACCUACUGCACCCCGUACCUGUUGGCCCAGAGAGCCGGGCAGCGGCUGCAGAUGGAGUUCCUGUACCACAACAAACUCUCAGACUUCCCCAAACUGGACCCAGUGUACGAGAAGAGGUUCCCUCGCGACGCGUCCGUGUUCCUUCACGGGUUCCUGUACAAGUCCGUCAGCAACGCAAAGUCAGCCGCAGAGAGGAAGGGGCGGGAGGAGAUGGCGAGGGUGUGGUGCACUCUAGAGGGAGGUUUCCUCAGCUACUACGAGAGCGAGAACACGGCCGCCGCCAUGGGCAGGGUGGACGUCAGCGAGGUGGUCUCGCUGGCCGUCAACAGAGAGGAGACUAUGACUGGAAGCGGGGCUGUCUUUACCUUCGAGACGUAUCUCCUGUCAGAGCGCAGCUUCCUGUUUGGGACAGAAACACAGGAGGCCCACAGGGACUGGGCACAAGCCAUAGCCAAGUGUUUCUUUCCACCUGCCGUAGUGCACAUGUUGAGCAGAGAUUAUGAUUUGAUUGGACGACUGUACUAUAAAGAGGGUCACGACCUUUACCAUUGGAGGUUGGGAUGGUUCCUUCUGGAAAACUGCAGUCUGUUCUACAGCUCUGGAGAUGAGGAUGAAGAGGAGGGAGAACUGCAACUGAAACGCUUACAGGAGCUGACGGUUUCGACACACACUGAAGGUGAAGAGAGGAAGGAGGUUCUGCUCAUGGUAGAGAGUGGAAGGACGGUGUAUAUCCACGGCUACACCAGGCUGGACUUUGCCUUGUGGCACACGGCGAUCCAGCAGGCUGCCGGUACAGACGGCAGAGCGCUAGGCAGCCAGCAGCUCAGCAGAAACAACAUCCCCAUGGUGGUGGACAGCUGCAUCGCGUUCGCCACCCAGUACGGCCUGUGCCAGGAAGGGGUUUAUCAGAAGAGUGGUGACCCACAACGAGUGGCUCAGCUACUGGACAGCUUCAGGACAGACGCAAGGAGUGUAAAGUUGAGGGUUGGGGACCACCAGCUGGAGGAUGUGACCGAUGUGCUCAAGAACUUUUUAUCCGAAACGGAAGACGCCUUACUCACUAAGGAGCUCUACCCUUACUGGGUGUCGGUGUUAGAUCUGGAGGAUGAAAAACUAAGAGUGGAGAAGUACAGAACAUUCAUCCAGAGUUUGCCCCACAUCAACAGGACCACCCUGGCUGCUCUACUGCAGCACCUGUACAGGAUCCAGAAAUGCUCAGUCAUAAACCAGAUGCAGACUGGCUGCCUGGCCUCCAUCUUCUCCACCUGCCUGUUCCAGACCGGGGGUCAUACCAAAGAAGAAGUCCGUGUUGUAGAGGAUCUGAUCAACAAUUAUGUGGAGCUGUUUGAUGUUCAUGAAGACCAAGUCAAGCAAAUGGAAACGGAGAACAGUUUCAUCACCAAAUGGAAAGACACAAUGUUUUCACCGGCUGGGGACCUGAUAUUUGAGGUGUAUCUGGAGAGGAAAGAGCCAGAGAGCUGCUGCCUAAUCAAGGUGUCGCCCACCAUGCGGGCCGAUGAGCUAGCUGAUGUUGUACUGGAGAUGAGGAACGUUGCAGUGGACGAAGCCGACCUGUGGACCACGUUCGAGGUCAUCGAGAAUGGCGAUUUGGAACGUCCAUUACACUACAAAGAGAAGGUUCUAGAACAGGUCCUUGAAUGGGGCAGUUUGGAAGACCCAAGUUCUGCCUUCUUGUUGCUAAAGAAAUUCUGUGGAGCCAAGAUGGCUGAAUCCAAUCAAGGUUUCACAAAAGAGAUUACUAAAGGGGACAAUCUGAAAUUCAAGGACGGGUCUUCCAAACUGCUCUCGGGGCACAAGUUCCAGGACAGGUAUGCCAUUCUUCUAGACGGAAAGCUCUGCAUCUACAAGGACAUGAAGAGCGCCAAACCUGAGAGAGAAGUUCCGGUGAGUUCCGUCAAGUGCUACCUGGGGCUGAAGAGACGGCUCAAGCAGGCCACCAGCUGGGGGUUUACAGUUUGCAUGGAAAAACAGCAAUGGUAUCUGUCCUGUGAGACGAAGGAGUCCCAGAUCUCAUGGGUGACUGACAUACUGAGGGCCAAGUUUGGAGAAGACCUGUGGCCUAGCCUGAAACGAUCCCGACCCCCGGCAGUUCAGAAAAACUCCAGAGGGGGCGCUGUAUUACCAGCAACGAGCAAUGCCCAGUCUGCAGAACCGAAAAGGAUUAAAGAGAAGGAACAUAAGAUGGAAAUCCCCAAAAGCUACGGCAGAGAGAAGAAUGCCGACGGCUCCAUCCAGCACAAGACGGCUCUUCUGAGCGCCUGCCUGAAACAGAGGGAGGUGUCUCCCUACCCCUCCUCCUCCUCGUCCUCCUCUGGCUCGGCGGGGAAGUGGAGGAGCGCCCCGCCCGGGCCCGUGGAUGGACAGCGGCCCCUGCAGAGGAAGUCCCCCGUGCAGGCGCAGAUGCCCCCCGGACUUCUGCACGAGCUGAGCUCCGUGCUCAAUAAGACCGGGCGGAGGGCCAGAGAGGCCAGCGAGUGAGAGAGAGAAAGGGAGAGAAAGAGAGAGAGAGAGGUUACGUUCCUCGUCGUUGUUAUUACCCUGAUUGAUACUAAGGCAGAGGUGCACAACAAGGGCCGAUCCAUUUCAGGAUUUUGUGCCAGCUUCUGCUCUUGAUGACUUAAAGGUACAAUAGGUGAGAUGUUUGUGUUAAAACAUUGUUACAAGACCGUUGUAAAUGGUAAAUGGUUGGCAUUUAUAUAGCGCCUUUAUCCAAAGCUCUGUACAAUUGAUGCUCCUCAUUCACCCAUUCAUAUACACACUCACACACUCACACACCAACGGCGAUUGGCUGCCAUGCAAGGCACUAACCUACUUGUCAGGAGCAUUUAGGGGUUAGGUGUCUUGCUCAGGGACAUUUCGACACAGCCCGGGCAACCCUCCGACUUCCAGACGACUGCUCUUACUGCCUGAGCCAUGUCGCCCAUUGUAAAUCCCUUCCUAUCAUUGAAAAGGGCUCACUGACAUGUUGACUCACCCUCUGCCUGUGUUUAUAGUCCUUAAAUUCGGGUUUCAAAGUAUAGUUGACGGCCUUACACUCUGUACCAAAACAUUGUAUAACUGUACAAUAAUUCAAGCUCGUUGGUUGAAAAUUGGUUCUAAUUGCCACAGCCAAUGGCGUUUUAACGUCACAGAGAACGUCAGCGUUUACAGAGAAGGGGGAAGGAUAAAUAGUGUUGUGGUUUGAAGGUGUUUGUUGCUGCUAUGCCUCUCUUGGCCCAUAGAAGUCUGAAAUUACCUAUUGUACCUUUAAUGAGCUCAAUCAUAACUUGCUCUGACAUUUGAACAUAUGAGCACCAGUGAUAGCCACAGACUGCAAGUGUAUCCUAAAGACUUUACUGUGCUCAAGUACAGGAGUGACCCAGCAUAGCUUAUAGAAUUCUCAGAAAACUAAUGUGAUUGGUUGGAACGAAAACCUGCAUGCCGAUUAGCCCUCCAGGACCGGAGUUGUGCACCACAGUACUAAGGCCUUGGCAAUAUGUGUUUUAAAAUAUGUCAUGUCAAUAAAGCAUUUUGAAUUUGAAUUUCAGAAAGAAAGAGAGAGAAGGAGAGAGUGGGGAGGAAGAGACAGA